GACCUUCCUUGCAUUUUCUCAAUACCUUGAACAACUAAGCAAGUCCAAUGUCUCAUGCCCAGCCCCUUCGUUUACAGGCCCAGUGGAAACACGUCGAUAUUCAGGAUAACCAAGCCAAUGCUAUGAAGGAACCAGGAACCAGUGGUGGGUAUGGCUCCCCAAUGAAAGAUGACAAGAACAAGGAUGUGGAUACAAUAGCUUCGAACUUCAUCAAGCUUAAGCACAGGGCUUGGGCACUCCAGAAGAGCACAACCAUGUACCAACCUUCCACUUAAAGGUGUUGCUAGUUCAAUAAGUCAAUACUAUAUACUUAUGCUUGUCUCUAUAUAGUCUAUAGGUCCUAGUUCAAAUAACAGAUGCUGCUUGCAGCCUUGGAUAUUUGUGGAGUGAACGCAUUGUUGAUAGCAUAUGGAUAAGAAAGUAAUGUAAUCAUCUGGAGAUGUGUAAUUAUGUGGCAAUAUUAUUUGCAACAAUGCUGCAUGGAGUACUUUCAUGUAUGAUACUGAGGCUUUGCAAUUGAUUUGCUUCUAUUUGGAAA